AUGUCUUUCAUCUCGAGCCCUCGUAUCGGUGAAACAUGCAAUAGUUCCUGUGCUGCUCACUGUAUCAUUCAUGAAGCUGCGCGAAAGCAGCUUCAUGCCCUGAUUGAUCACUAUGCGACACCAGGAGUGGCGCCGCCCUCCGCUCGCAUGCUACCUCGACUGAAGAUUCAGGACAAACCUUCGCUCAGACUAUGGGAUUGGUGGAAGUAUGGGUGGUUUGUGGCAAGCAAAGCAACUCAGAUGACUGGAGAUGUACUAACUCAUGCGCUCUGGGGACCCCGCAAGAAGUCGUGGGGUAUUGAGAUGACCUUGAUAUCAGGUCUAAUGCGUGGCGCCGGGCGCCACACUGCGCUUAUGGAUCUUCCUUCCAUUCGUCUUUUCAUGGGUCUUGGAGGACUUGCCCCUCUGCCUUCCGAUGCACUCGUUACUCCUGUUACCUUCCGCGUUCGAAAGCGGCGGUUGCGAGGCAUUCUUGCGGAUUUCGAUAGCAAAGAAACCGGACGUCGGGAACUAUCCGGUGAAUGGGUAGUUGCGAAGAAGACUUGGCACAGAUUACAAUCGGAAUGGAAAGCGUCCCAAUCCGGUCGUAAAGGAUCUGGUCAGUCUCCUAGGCCAGGAAAGAAGACUGAACGGGUUGUGUUAUACAUCCACGGGGGUGCCUACUAUGUUGGCAGUCCGGCAUCUCAAAGGCAGAUCUCAGUACCCUUGGCUCAACAUACUGAUGCGCGCGUUUUUGGCAAGUCUACCCUAUCACUGGUCGCCAGACCUACCCUUGAUUAUCGGCUUGCACCUGAAAGUCAAUUUCCCGGCCCUCUUCAUGACGCCGUGAGCGGGUAUCUGAGGUUGGUCGAAGACUUGAAUAUCCCAUCAGGCAACAUCAUCGUUAGCGGCGAUAGUGCGGGGGGCGGCUUAUCACUUGCAUUGCUGUUGUACUUGAGGGAUAAUGACUACCCAAUGCCGGGUGGUGCCAUCCUAAUGUCUCCGUGGGUUGAUCUGACCAUGAGCUGUGAAUCAUGGGACUCGAAUGCGGGGUUCGAUGUUAUCCCUGUUUUCUCUCCUGCGGAUUAUAUGAAUCCUGUGGCUCAAUAUUUAGGCCCAUACGUGGAAAGAUACUUGACGCAUCCAUACGCCAGUCCGUUGUUCGGCGACCUCAAAGGGCUUCCUCCUCUUCUCAUCCAGUCUGGUGACUCCGAAGUGCUAAGAGAUGAGAUAACAUUAUUCGCUCACAAAGCCACCUUGGCUGGCGUCGAAGUACGUCAUGAACUCUACGAGGAUGCGGUCCAUGUUUUCCAACUCUUUCCCUUCCUCGAAACUUGCGCUCGUGCAUUUAUGUCGAUGGACGUAUUUGUACAUCAAGUUCUUCCUAGCUUCGAGAGUCGAUCUCCCCAAGUCAUUGCUCCUAACGCAGAGGAAGUCAUGGCAGUUGAGAUCGACAACGACAACGCCGUUGUUCUCAACUGUGAAGGAAUCGCCACUCCCAUUGCAGCCGAGGGAGUCAAAGAAAACUUGGAGCAUUGUUCGGAUGACGACUGUGUCCCAUCUACACCUUCAUUGGCCUCUAAUGGCGGAAAUAAGCGAAGACCACUCCCUCUCUCACUUACCAAGCCACCUGGUCAGCGUCCGAAGUCAUUCCAUGGUACGGUCCCUGAAAAACACAAUGGGAAUACAGCUCAAUAUAUAAUACCUCAUCCUGAUUGGGAAAGUGUACCUGGUCAGGCUCCUUCUCCUUCGCUUCGCCGCUCUUUCAAGCGGACGACUAGCUACUCUGAUAUCUCUCGUCUGAUUGAAAACUGGACCCAUUCAGGUCCGGCCAACCAGACGCUGAUGUACAGACACCCAGAGCCUUAA